AUGGUGCAGUAUUUGAUCGGGCGUGUGGCCGACCCGGUGUUUGGUGUGGUGACCGGCGUGGCUGCCUACCUCAUCUGGGAGAAUGAUCCGCGGAAUGCUCACGACCAUGGCCCCGGCAACCGCCUGGUCGACCUGAUCGGACGCAAGCUCGGCUAUGCCACGCCCGUGCGCGUCCCGGCGAUCGCCCAGGAUCUCUCGCUCCCGACGCUGUCUGAGGCCAAGGGUGAGGCCAAAGGUGCCCUUUCCGAGGCUAAGAAGGAGGCCAAGGAUGCCUUUUCCGAGGCCCAGAGUGCUGCUUCGAGCGCCCAAGGCGAGGCGCAGGGCGCAUAUGCGGACGCGAAAGGCGAGGCUAAGGGCCUCCUGUCCAGUCUCCAGAGCACCUUUACCACGGCCAAGAAGGAGGUCAAGCAAGAGGCUGCGGAUCUGUCUGCGCAGAGGCGUCUUAUCUAG